AUGGGCCAGAAUAUCCUCCCUAUCUACGCCGCUUUAGUUGUCACUUCGCUUUCCAUUGGUUUCUGGGCAGGAACACAUACCAAAGCCCGGACCGACGAAAACACGACAGAAAAUACCGUAGUCCCUUCCCCUCAAUCUCACGCUGAAAAGAGGCUCCGAGUCGAGGAGCUGUCAGAUGGAAAUGAAACGGACGAAACUGAAGAAAGUUCAGUUUCAAGCCUAGGAGAUGGAGAUAUCGAGUCACUCAAAAUGGACCCCAUCGAGGACACUUGUAAAAUGGUUCUUGUCGUGCGCACAGAUUUAGGGAUGACAUCGGGGAAGAUAGCUGCUCA